CAAACACAAAUAUCCAAACCUAACAUAACCUAACCUAACCCAGUGACCUGCUCAAACACGCUACAAACACACAUUAUCCUCGCUACCUACUGACCUGUAACCUGUGUGUGUGUGUCGUCACCAGGGGGAGUGUUUGGGGCUAUGCAGGCUGUGGCGACGGCCUUCCUCAGCCCCACGAUAGACCACUGGUGCAGCGUGCCCGAGCUGACCAACUGGACCAAGGAACAGGUGUGGAGCUUCUCCCUACCCAGAACAACGGUAGGAGGAGUGCCACAUCACUCCCAGUGCGAGAUGUACGUGAGGAACUACAGUCACCUGGUGGGCGUGGCCUGGGAGGACCGUUUCCACUACUUUCCUGACGAAAGCGCUGAAGUGGAGGCUCUCCCAACCCAACCUUGCCCCAGCUGGGAAUACGACACCCACACCUUCCACUCAACUCUCAUCUCUGAGUGGGACCUAGUGUGUGGGCGAGAGUCACUUCGCUCCGUCAUACAGAGCAUCUUCAUGUUUGGCAUCUUCUUCGGUGCUCCACUGGGCGGUUACUUCUCAGACAGCGGUGGAGGCGUGUACCAUGAGCCAGAGGAGUGUGGUGGGCAUCAUGUUCUCCGUGCCCUUCGCCUUCGGCUGUAUGUUGCUCCCGGGCAUCGCUUACUACAUCAGAGACUAGCGACACCUUCAUCUGGCCAUCUCCUUCCCUGUUGUGCUGCUAAUCGCCAACACCAUCUGAAUGAAAACAAAAUUAUAAUUCCCUUUGAUAUCUCAUCGUUGAAGAAAAUUAUGCCGUGGGUCCCAUUG